CUGUUGAGGACGGACGACUGACAACAGACACAGGGAAUUCACAAAUGCUCACCUACUUCGUGUUCAGGUGAGCUAAAAAGUAACAUAAAAUAUAACACACGAAAGUACAAAUAUACAGAGAAUAAAGACCUAUUUUAAAUUUGCCAAGUUUUUUGGCAGCACUAACAGAUAUCUUAAUCAGAAAUUUCGACAAUAAAAUGAUAGAAGAUGCAGCUAAAACAUUUUACUGUCUUACAUUUACAGAAUGUCUCUAGAUCCUGAUUAUCGUACUGUAUCACUGAAACUGUCAGAGGUGCUCAAUGAUACUGGUGUCAGUGAGAGAAUGGUUCUGAAGAGGAGGAGGAUGUACUUGCUGAUGGAAACAAUGCAAACUAGUAUAUAUAGAAUGUCGAACCAUAACUAUUCCCACUAUCAUUUUGGAAGCAAGUCUGAAGGGUCGACAACAAUAGGACUCAAGUCAGAUAUUGAUUCACUCAUUUGCUAUAAUGAUUAUAAUGUGAUAAAGGACUGGACUGAGUGGCAACCUGGCAGCAUCAAUCUACUGAUGAUCAAGGAUGAGACCACAUCACCAGGGUACUGUCUCCUGCAACAUCUGGGGGAUGAUAAGCCUCUUCCUUCUUUACUUCAUCAUAGACCAGACAACAAGUAUCAUACAUUUAGCAGAGGUAAAGUGCUGUGGAAGAACACAGCAAUUUCUGUCCCUCUAGCAGGAAGUGUAAAAAAUGGUCCUGCCACAUCACUGCAAGGAAGGCCAGGUUUAGUUGAUGACGAUGUAGUUCUAUCAUUCCACUGUAAAUCAUGGCCUGUAGAAGCUCAACCUUGGUUAGUAAGACAAGGCGUAGGAAGAUGGCCUACAGAAAAAAUGAAGAAAUACUGUGAGACUACAGGAUGUUUUGUUGUACCAGUGGGCAGUAAGAGUGGUCUAAAUGAAGAAGUUGAAUGGAGAAUUUCUACUUGCCAUGCUGAGCGGUGUCUUAUGUUCAAUUUAAACAUCACACAGUUACGAUGUUACACCCUGAUGAAGAUGAUUCUUAAAACAUUCAUAAAACCCUGUUGUGGUGGUGUCCUUUCAAGUUAUAUGUGUAAAACUGUUUUAUUUCAUUGUAUACAGAAUAAACAUUCAAAUAACUGGCGGCAAUCCAACUUACUUGCAUGUUUGAUGUCCUGCCUUAAAAUAUUGCAGAACUUUGUUAGACAUGAAAACUGUCCACAUUUUAUAAUACCUGAAAACAACCUGAUGGCCGUAAAAAUUUCUCCUCAUAAUAAACAUAAAAUUCUUGAAAUCCUCCAAAAUAUCAUACAAUGUGAGGGUCAUGCAUUGCUGGAGAUUCCCAUUGAUGACCUUGGCAGAAGACUGCAGGCAAAGAUGAAUAUGGAUGAAGCUUUUCCAUAUUACCUAACUCCAGCUCAAAUAAAUACUAUAAUUUCAACACAGCUGCUGUAUCGUACUGCCAAUCUAAUAAGCAACAGUCACAGGGAACUAUUAGUAAAAGGAACAAUGCCUGAUAGAAUUGUGAUGUUGCAUCAGAUAUUAUCAGACUAUAUAUUUAUACUAACUAGAAUGUACAGAGAAAAUGGUUUCAACAGUUUGGAAAAAUCUGUAUUUAAGAUUUUAACACCUCUUCUUUCUUUUUCACUUGGGUCUGUGAUAGCUUCUCAAGACAUUAACACUGCUCGCAUCAUAUCCCACAAAGCACUGUCCUGGUUUUCAGUUGGUUUGAACUCAGAUGUGGCAUCUGGUAGAUUGAAAUUAGCAUCUGCAUUAUAUUGUGUAGGAGAUAUGGAAAGGACAGAGAUUGUUCUGAGGAAUACAGAAGAAAAGUAUGAUCUGAAUACUGUUGAACCUGUAUGUGGAUGUUAUCCUCAUCUCUUGCAUUACAUAAAGCCAGAAUUCCUGAAUAAAUGUAACACUGGAAAUGAAGAAUUACUGAAACAUAUCACAGCAUUCUGUGUUAGAUUUCUACCAUGUGAAAUUAACUGUGUUCCUGAAGAGCUAAAAUAUGAAAUGUUUAGAUCAACACAAGAAGACAUGCUUGAAAGGGAUGAAGACAAUGACUGUUGGAUGGACUGGGCUGUGGUCGACUCACUCCCUUACCUCUACUUCCUACAGUACAAGACUUACGGUGCUCUUCAGAGAGUAGCAGACAAGCAACGAGCACUUGCAAACCUUGUCACUAGCACUGAAACAGAAGCCAACCUAGGUCACAGGGAAACAGCGCUGAACUUACUAGGACAGUGUAUGGAACAGGAAAACCAACAUAUUGAUGCUUUACACUGCUACAUGAUAUCUCUGAAUAUCCAAGCAAGAAACAAUGCUGCAAAUAUUCUUAUAUGCAGACUUCUUAAUGAGUUAGUUAACAUGCAGUAAACUUUACUGAACUGAACAGUAGUGUAUACAGAACAGGAAUCCCGUGCGAUCGGAAAAAAGAUAAAUGGCAACAUAAUAUUACUAAACUGUUAGACAAUGUCUGAAGGUCAGAAAAAGACAUGUCGCCAAUCCGAGUUCCGCGAAUGGAUCGAUCUAUGACGCCAUCAAGAUGGCGGCCAAAUUUGAAAAUAUAACUUUGUUUAUUUUAAAAUUUACUUAUGUUACGCAGCAAAAUUUCGUAUCAUUUUCUUUAAUUUUCUAUCAUGGAAUUUAUGCUGCCCAUAUAAUAACAAUAUUGAAGUUCAUAAGCAAUUAAAUGAUGUGAAUUAAUCAAAAUAUAUCUUACCCCACCCACUUUAUUUUAACAAAUUUAAUUCUUGUUGAAUGUAAUUGUUUCAUGUAGGCUUUGCCAUUAAAGUUUACGAAUGUUUUAAAACUAAGUACGUAUAUAAUUGGUGGCCUACUGGUACUGAUGAUAAACCCGGACAGAUGAUAAAGUCGUCCACCUUGGAAUUAUUUGAUUGCAAUCGGUAAUUUAUACAAUGGAACACACCAUCAAUAGCAACCACUUACAACACCAACUGGUGUAAACAAAAACAAGAUUGGUAAUAUUCUGUAUAAUAAAAUAUUUAUCCAAAACUACUGGGGAAGAGGGUGUUUUUACGCAUGCUCACUGUCAACACAAAAAGGCCUGACAUUGGGUCACUUUUCAUUAUUUGAUCCAGAAUGACUGUUGCACCAAAUAUAAUAUUAUGAGGAAAAUUUUGUAAAUGACAAAGUGGUUGAAUUUAUCAACAUUCGUACAGUCCCCAUUUUACAUACCCCUUUCCGGCCCUCACUUCGUGUGAGUUAAAAUUUGCUUGAGAGAGUAUGUUAAACAAGUUUUGAUUGGAUGCACACUAAAAUCUCACAAAAUCACGUUUUUGGCGGUAACUGAAAUUAUACACGACAGCUUUUCUUGAAAGGGGAAACAUGUAGUUUUCUCAACUACAACAUUUCUUCUUCUUCUAAAAGACUUACAGCUAUUUUACAGCUCAGGUAAAUCCCAGGUUGUCCAUUGUCCUGUCCCUUGUUCAUGAAUUGCUUGGUUAAAAUUCCCUUUUCUCCAGUUUUCAUGAAUAAUGACAUUUCAGCUGUUUUCUAAACUGUCAGUUGUUUUUACAAGAAAACAUUAUUUUCAUAUAGGUAAAUUCUCCAUAGAAUGAUGCAGUUUAGCUUUAUUUGCUUAUAGCUAACUGCUUUCAUUUUGCUUUUAUUUGCCUUAUUUUAUUUUAUGUUAUAGCUUAUGCUUGUGUUUGUUUGUUUGCAGGACACCCUGCAAUUCUACCAAUCAUCUGCAUAAUCUUCCAACAAUGGAAUAAAUAUCGACAAACCCUUAUGAAUCUUAUUUUGUGACAACCCCCAGAAAUAAUUGAGUUCUACUAAAUACACCUCUGUCAAAUAAAUAUAAAUUUGAAUUAUUUUAAGUUUUCAGCAAAUGUUCAGCAUUAUUUUUGAUACCAAUAAAUGAUAACAAUUUGCAGAAAUAAAAAAGUGACAGGUAAAAAAAACCCUCGUUAUCUGUCCGGGUUUAUACAACAGUUUCGUAUUUGUCGUGUUGAGCGACCUGUGAA